UCUCAGAUCCUACCUCGAGUCCGUCCCGGAGAUGAACAGCUUCACAACAAACACUGCUAUGCUGCAAUGAUGAUUUUGUGAUAUUUUUGAGAGAUAUUUCUGUUUCUUCGCAAUGUCUUCCGAUACUUUUGGACUGGAACUCAGUUUCCGCACUGUUUCGGAAGCAGUUAAACGGAAAGAUGAUGUGCUUGUAGUGAUUGUCCAUUGGUUUCUUACUAAAUUUGGAUUCCGGUGUGUUGGUUUAGGCGAUGAUAAAACAUUGUCUGGAAGUGAAAAUGGUAGUGAGCUUUUACCUACUGGGUGGAGCGAUCCUGAAACAUAUUCCCUUCGUUAUGUUUAUGAUGGAAAUCUCUUCAUUUUGAGGGGAGUGCGUGCUGAUGAAACGUUGAUCCUCAACUUGUUGCAUACUCCUGAUCUUAAUGUUUCCAAUCUAGCUGUCAAUGUGACUGAAGUGGUGGCUGAUAUCAAUGGCACAGUUGAAAAAAUGGUACCCUCCCACAUUGGGCUAAUUGAUCGCAUCCGCAAGGAACUAGUCGAGCCAGUCACCAAAAAGAUAUCAUCAGAAGCAACAACUCAGACAUCUUCUCAGGCUACUCCACGGUCUGAGGAUAUUGGGUCCCUUAGAGAGGGAUACCGUGAUCCUCUUAGAGUUCCAAUUGGUGUUGGUGGACCUGGUGGGCCACCUCGUUUGGAUCCAUUCAAUUAUGGGAGAUCAGAUCUAGAUCCUCUUGGUGUUGGAGGACCAGGCAGAGGAGGUCUAGGAGGUAUGCUCUUUGAUCCAUUCCAAAGAGGGAGAGGAAUGGAGCCUCCAGGUGGCUUGCCAAGGGGUAGAGUUCCUGGUGCUAGAUUUGAUCCCAUCGGACCUCCAGGAAUUGGCCGACCUGGAAGAGGAUUUGAGCCUGAUCCAGAUCAUUUGCCACCUCCUGGUUAUGAUGAUAUGUUUAUGUAGAACUGAUUCAUUUAUUUCAUCCAUUGAGUUAUUAUUUUUCUGCUCCCGAGUACGUUUAGUCCUUUUCUUGCAUAUAAUUUGUUCUCUUAUUUUUGUAUACUUCUAUGGCUGUUGUAGUUUUAAAUGUUCCUACUACAUGGGCCUAAUAUCUUAAAUUUUCUAAAUUAGAUUUUAAAAUAAAUUGAGUAAGCUAA